UAACCCUGAGCAUGCAGAAUGAGUACAGGGUUUAUUCCAAGCCCCAGCAGGCAACAGCACCAGGCAAAGCCCAAGUGCUCAGGACUCCCCAGCAGCACAUGGCUGAGAUACUGCGAGAGCUCAAACAGACUCAGCUGCAGAAAAUAUGGAUCCCCAUCAGUGUGAAAGGCUCCAGCAGAGGAGAGGAUGUGAGUGCCUGCCAGAAUAAAUGCUACUACUACUCCAACUAUUUAUAAUCACCUGGUGCCCCUUUCCUGCUGGAAUACAUGCUACUGCUACUCCCAGAUGUACUUUGUUACAUGAAACUUCGAGUUUUCCCAAACACCAGUUUUGCAGGUCCCUCAGCCAGGAUGUCCAGCCCUGAUGGAGAUUCUUCAGAACCCCUGCUGGGCCCACUGGAGCUGGAGUGCAAGAUUUGCUAUAAUGGCUUUGAUGCAAAGCAGCACCGGCCCAAAGUACUGGGCUGUGACCACCGCCUAUGUGCCCGUUGCCUCAGAAAGAUGGCCCAUACCUGGGGUCCUGGGCCCCCCACUUCUUUAUGCUGCCCAUUUUGCCGACAAGAAACUCUUCUUCCUGAGGACCUACAGCUAAUACCAGAUGACAGCUCACUGAUUUCCAAGCUCAGCUGCAUUGAGUGGACACGCAAACGUGGUUUCUCUGUUGCCCCAGAGGUUCUCCUAAGCCCUGGAAACCUAUGUGGGGGUCCUAGCUCCUCUGAGUGCCUGGUCAUUACCAUCAUGGAGGUUUCUGAGGAGCCCCCAGGGCUGGGAGAAGAUUUGCCAGUGUUGGAUAUCUUGAGUGUGAAGAUCUCAUCCAGCCUAGCCUGGCUACCUGGUUGUUGUGCUCCUCAUCAAUGUUGCCCUUGCCAGCCAGUGCCAAGAGUUCUUCUUGGUUUUCUGUGCCUCGUGUACUUUAGCUCACUGCCUCUUGGUGUGUACCUCCUGAUGAUUCAACAACUUCCACUUGGCAUUGUCCUGGUUAGUUUAGUGCCAUGCACCCUAGUGCUUUGCCUCUUAUGUCAGUGUUUGUGCCAUGAGCUGGCUGCCAGCCUUGUUGACUGAUACAAUUUUGUGUUGUACCCUACCAGCACAGUAAAAAUAUAUUAUGCCAACACAUUGCCACCAGCACCCCCACUGUCUGUGCCAAACUUCCAUACUGUCACACCCAACUACAAAUGCCCAGUCCUACACUCUACUAUACCCUUUGGGUGGAAACGUUUACUACAUACAUACUCAGGUUAUGCCAGACCUGUAUAUCCAUCCUGA